AUGAAAUUCACAGAGAUCAAAGACAGAAUCGGGUCUCUGGAGCGCGCUCUAGAACAAGAUGCAGUUACUCCCCAUGGAAAUAUCAUAAAGCAGGAGGAUACAAGCGAGAGCCGCCUUGAGACUGAAAAUUCUGCUGUGAACUCCGGGGGAAUCGUCGAUACAGUGGUAAAAGAGGAGAGCCAGCUUCCUGUUCCAGACGACGAGAAGAAUCUUGAACCUACGCCUCUCGCUGUGCAGGAUGCAGCUUACGAGGAUGAAGGAGAUGAUAACGUGUUUGAUUUGGGCUUUAAAUUUGGGAAGAUGAGAAUGACAGAUCGAAUUGGAGGUUUCUUCAGACCAAGGAUUGCUGAUGAGCUCUCUGCGGCAUUGGACAUGUUACAUGUGUCCGAUCCACCGAAAACAAGCACACCAGCCUCUGCUGUCAGCUUCGAGCAGUCACGGAGGUGGUCAUCUAUAGCGGAAAAUCCACACUUUCGUCCCAGUCCUUCGUAUGCGGCACCAAGUUCCGACUUAUGUUUUGGUGGUGCUUCGCAAUAUACACUUAUGGAAUUUUUGCCCACACAGGUGGCUGCAGAUAGGCUGUUACGGCAGUACUGGGAGGCAGUACAUCCAGUCGCAAAAAUUGUCCAUCGCCCGACGUUUGAAAAGCAGUAUAGCGAUUUUUGGGCAAACGUUUCACAGGGCAUCGAGCCACCGUAUUCCCUUCAAGCACUUUUCUUCUCGACCCUCUUUAGUGCAGUAAUUAGCAUGGCGGAAGACACUCUUCAAGCCAUUUUCAGGGUUCCCCAAAAACAGAUAAUUCAAAAUUUCCAAGGGGCUACAGAGAUGGCUCUAGCGAAGGCCAACUUUCUAAGAACGACGAAAACGCAGACCUUGCAGGCAUUGGUUAUGUAUAUCAUCCCAAUGUGCCGUGAUGAGAUUUCUCGCUCCCAUUCAACCCUAGUUGGCGCCGCUAUUAGACUCGCGGAGUGUAUGGGCUUCCAUCGGGACCCCGAAGAGUAUGGCCAUGGGCCUGUCGAGUCUCAUGUACGGCGCAUGAUCUGGUAUCAUAUUUGUUUUCUCGACCUUCAAACCAGUGAGAUGCAAGGACCCCGACCAUCAAUUCGUCGGGAAGACUUUUCAACGAAAUUUCCCGUCAAUAUGGAUGACGCCGAAUUGGCUACGACGGAUCCUACCUCAAUCUCGGGUAUGCCCAGAUGGACAGAUAUGACACUUACAAGAAUUCGAUUUGAAUGCUGUGAGCUACGCCGACUUAUUCUUGUAGACAGGAUCCGGUUGGAGAAGAAGCAAGUUAGUUUAACCCAGGUCCUAGCGAAAAUCGAAGCUUUCCGAAAAGCGACCAUUGCAAAAUACGGCCCCCUUAUUCUUGUACCGAAUCCACAGCCAAUACAACAGGUUGCAAAAUAUAUGUUGUCAAUUCUGACACGCCGCGCCUACAUAUCUUUGUUACACCGGUACCUCAACACUGUUGCUGUUCGUAUUCCCGAUCGCCUGGCCCAAAUUGUAAUCACAAACGGCAUGCAAAUCCUUGACGCUUCAAUCGCACUAGAGAGCUCCGCUGAAUUGCGUCCUUGGGCCUGGUACCAUGGUGCCUUUAAUAACUACCAUAUUGCCCUCCUUCUUCUUUUUGAGAUUUGGACUCACCCUGAGCGAAAGGAAGCGGAUCAUAUUUGGGAAUGUCUGGACUACGCUUUUGAGUUGGAUGCUACAGCGCCCGACUUGGCAAGGAAUGUCGACCGUCUAGAUGUAUUACAGCAUCGAGAUGCUAAAGCCCGAUUUAUCCUUCGAACCGUACGCAACGGAAUGAUGGAGUACCGAGAAGCAAGGAGAUUGAUAAUACCGAAGAGCAUGUCUAACUCAAAGGUCUUGCCGCCAAUUCCACUAGAUGUUGAUAGUUACACGGCCUCGUUGACUCGAAGAACCCAAAGCGCCCCCACAAGAUCCCCUCUGGCCCCCAUAAGCGAAGCCCGGGGUACAUCGAUAUCAUACUCACAUAACCUACCCACUGACUCCAUACCUAAUGAUCAGCAGUUUCAGACCCAAUUCAAUUCUCCAAAGGGCGUACAGCAGUCGUACCUCCCUCAACAGGCGAAUACGUUUCAAUAUACAGCCCCCCCCGCGCCCGUAUCUCAACUUGCUCCGCCUACUUUUCUGUCCCCCAGCUACGGGCAGCCGGCCUCAUUUCUACAAGAACCCCAGCCUAUCCAGGAGAACAGGAGCAUUGCUGGUCUCGAAGAUGCAGGAAACAAUGGCCUCUGGUUUCUCUCAAACACGGGAUUGGCAAGUGCAGGAGCUGCUCCAUCCGUGGGAGGAUAUAUAUUUUCGCCGGCGGCUGGCGAGACUCAAUUAUCAACACCUGAAAUUGACUGGAACGAAUGGGAUCAGAUAUUUACACCUGAUGUUCAUAACAUGGACCUUUGA